AAAUGCUCAUGAAACUGUUGAGGAGCUGACUGAGAGUCUAAGAGUUGAGAAACAAUUAUUAAAGACUUUAAUGCAAAAGACUAAAGACAGAGAGUGUAUCAAAUAUGAGUUUAAACUACAAAAGAAGAGUCUACCAGUUCAUUUCAAUGAAUCUUCAACAGUUGAUACUGUUCAAGGAUUCAUGAGGAGAGAUGAUGGAGAGAUUGAGUCCUUUUCAUUUGAUAUCAGUAAAUGUGAUCAUGUGGAUAUAGCCAACUCACUCUGGGGACUAGCAACUAAUGGAGUCAAUGAAGAACUACUAACUAUACAAAAUUAACUAUUUAUGAAAGCAUUUUAAAAAUUAAUUAUUACAUACAAUGUAGUUGGAGGAUUGCAAUUAUUACAAAAAUUAUUGCAAUAUAACAAUCCAUUCAGUCAGUUCUAUUUUUUUGAAAUGCAACCUAAUGGUCAAAAUAA